CGCAAAUUUUUGUCCCGGUUUCCGCGAAUGCCAGCCCUCGCCUCCCGUGAAGGCCACCGCCGGCACACCGGAGAAAACCACAGAGAUUUUGUUUCCGGUUUUGGGAUUGGGUUUGGCGGUCGGCGGGGUGUGAGGCGAUGGAGGACGUGGCGCCGGAGCCGUGUUGGAUUCGAAGCUCGGGAGCGAGAGUAACGAAGGAGGACUUGAGGAGGAUGGUGGCUAUCCCGGGGCGGAUCACAAUGGCGAUGAAGGAGGCGGCGGCGAUAAAGGAUACGGUUGGUGCUGCUAUUGCGGCGGCAGCGGCAGAAAUGGAGGUUGAAGAAUUGCCGGAGGCGCCGGUUGUUGUGUUUGUUAAUGCGAAGAGCGGUGGUCGGCAUGGGCCUAUGCUUAAGGAUCGGCUUCAGCAUCUCAUCGGUGAGGAUCAGGUAUAUGAUCUUUCAAUAGUCAAGCCUUCUGACUUUGUUCAAUAUGGUUUGGCUUGCCUGGAGGAGUUGUCCAGUCGUGGUGAUUAUUGUGCACAAACUACUCGGGAGAAGUUGAGAAUCAUGGUUGCUGGAGGUGAUGGUACAGUCGGGUGGAUUUUAGGAAGCCUUGCAGAACUUCAUUUGAAGAACCGAGCGCCAGUUCCUCCAAUAGGCAUAAUUCCACUAGGAACCGGCAAUGAUCUCUCUAGGAGCUUUGGUUGGGGUGGUUCAUUUCCUUUUGGGUGGAGGUCUGCAGUGAGGAAUUCUCUUUAUAGGGCUAUUACAGGUCCAAUUUGCCAUCUUGAUAGUUGGCAAGUCAUUGUAUCGAUGCCAGAAGGAGAAAAAAUAGAAUUGCCACAUUGUCUUAGGCACUUGGAGGACCAAUCUUCUAUUCAGGACAGGGAUGCUAAGGAAGAGUUGCCUGAAUGGUUUUCUCGCUUUGAAGGAGUCUUCUACAACUAUUUUAGCAUAGGAAUGGAUGCACAAGUUGCUUAUGGUUUCCACCACUUGCGUGAUGAAAAACCAUAUAUUGCACAAGGUCCAAUAGCCAACAAGUUUAUUUACACGGGAUAUGGGUGCACCCAAGGAUGGUUUGUUACACCUUGCAUGGCUGAUCCAAGCUUGAGGGGCCUGAAAAACAUUUUGCGCCUACAUAUUAAAAAGGUCAAUUGUCCAGAUUGGGAGCAGAUUCAUGUUCCUAAAAGUGUCAGGGCUAUAGUUGCUUUGAAUCUUCACAAUUAUGGAAGUGGACGAAAUCCAUGGGGUAAUCCUAAACCUGAAUAUUUGGAAAAGAGAGGCUUUGUUGAGGCUAAUGUGGAUGAUGGCCUGCUUGAAAUCUUUGGCCUCAAGCAAGGAUGGCAUGUCUCGUUUGUUAUGGUUGAACUAAUAUCUGCCAAGCACAUUGCUCAGGCAGCAGCAAUCAGGUUGGAAAUCAGAGGUGGUGAGUCAAAACAAGCUUAUAUGCAAAUGGAUGGAGAACCAUGGAAGCAACCUAUAGAUUGUGAACGUUUAACCUUUGUGGAUAUACAAAGGGUGCCCUUUCAGUCGGUACUGAUUGGUGGAAGUCGACUCUUCUGACUAACUGACAUCAACAUAGUUCAAGGGAACUUCCAGUUGGAUUGUGAACCUAGUUCAAGAUUUCUUGCAACUUGAUGGCCUUUUUUAAGCCUUAAUCCUAAAUCGCUUUCGAGGACAGCUAUUGGUGAAGACUGAUUACAAUUCUUGCUAACAACUGAUCUAGGUUUAUGUCAUGUCUGUUCUAUAUGUAUACAGUUUGCUGUCAUGUAUAUCAUAAUAUGUUCAAUAUAUAUUCUUUUUUUACUAAAGUUGUAAUCAUGAAUUAUAGCAAACGGUCCAAUAUUCUAAUUUUGUUUGCAAGUUCUAGUGAACUGUUUUCAUAAUUUAAUG